UAUAACUGUCUACUGUCAAAAAAACGAAUGUCAACAAAUUUUCACGUAUCAUCCAAAAACUAGAUCAAUUGUUUGAUGAAAAAGGAACUCAUUUGAAUCUAUAACAUAAAAAUGGCAAAUUCAGAGGUAGAAGCUUUAUAUAAAAAACUUAACGCGGAGUGGUCAUCUCCUUCGCCAAAUUUAAGCAAAUGUGAUCAAUUACUUUCAAAGUUAAAGGUUGAAUUAACAGGAGUCAUGUUCUUACCAACAUCUAAUGCAAUUGCAACAAAACAAGAACUCCUUCUUGGUAGAGAUAUAUUAGAAAUUGGCGUCCAGUGGAGUAUUGCCAGUAAUGACAUUCCUUCAUUCGAAAGAUAUAUGGCUCAGUUGAAGUGUUACUAUUUUGAUUACAAGAAUGAAUUGCCAGAAUCUGCUUUUAAAUAUCAAUUACUGGGAUUAAACUUAUUAUUCUUAUUGUCCCAAAACCGUGUUGCUGAAUUUCACACUGAACUUGAACUUCUUCCUGCUGAUCAUCUUCAAAAUAAUGUAUAUAUCAGACAUCCAUUAUCAAUUGAACAGUAUUUGAUGGAAGGUAGUUAUAAUAAGAUUUUUUUGGCCAAAGGCAAUGUUCCAGCUAAAAGUUACAAUUUUUUCAUGGACAUUUUGUUAGAUACGAUAAGAAAUGAAAUAGCCAAUUGUGUAGAAAAAGCAUAUGAAAAAAUUUCACUCAAAAUGACUGCUAGAAUGCUAUACCUUCCUAAUGAACAAGCUGCUAAAAUUUUUGCAGCCAAGAAAGGUUGGAAACUUGGAAGUGAUAAUUUCUUCUAUUUCACACCCGAAAUAGAAAAAACAACUGAGCCUAUCCCAUCUAUAGAAUUAGCAGAACAAGCUAUUGAAUAUGCAAAGGAGUUGGAGAUGAUUGUUUAAGAAUAUUAAUUUUAUCUGUACUGAAAGUUUUGUUUUCAAUUAAAAUGAUUCUCCUUGGUAAA